UCUAUAUACACGAAAAACACGUAUAGAUCUUAGAUCCCGUAUAUUGACACGGCUGACUGAUUGUUCUACAUCCUGCACUCAUACAAUAUCAUAAUAUAGAUGGACAGUGAAGACGCGUAUCGUGCAUUUUUUAUGUUUUCUCAUUGCUGGUUGAUUGUGCUACUACGCCCACAGUAAUAUGAUAUUUAUGUGUAGCCUAGGUUAUCCUAUAUCUAGUAGGUAGUUGGCAUUUGUGUUUGUCACGCUUCACUGCCUUCAAAAUACGCUUCAACAUUUUAGACAAAAUGAUGGACGAUUUCUUUAUACAUGUGGCCACCGGAGAUAAGAAAAAUGCCGGCACAGACGCUAAUGUGGCGAUCAUUCUUCACGAUGAAAAUGGCAACUCUACACAGCAGAUCAUCUUGGAUAACUUCUUCAAGAAUGAUUUUGAAAGAGGACAUUUGAACGUGUUUAGAGUCGCCCGUUCGAAACUAGGUUCAAUAGGUGAAGUGGGCAAGAUUGAGUUAUGGCGAGAUAAUGCUGGUUUUGGCAGUGAUUGGUAUGUGGAUAAAAUAAUUGUGGAGAACGCCAAGACGAAGGAACAAUCCGUGUUUCCUAUAUUACGUUGGAUUAAAGCUGGAUUCCACUAUAAGAUUAAACAUUUAGACACGUCCUUGCCACAAUAUGACAGACAUUGCGAACAGAGGAAGAUGGAAUUAGAGGAUAAAAAGAAAUUUUAUCAGUUUGAAUCCAAAUUACCAGGGUUACCUGUUCAGAUCAAGAUUCUACCCGACGACGAGUUGUUUUCCUUCGAUUACUUGUGGGAUAUAACAACUACUAAAGUGAAACUAUUAGCUUCUGGGAAAUACGCAAAUUGGACCACAGAAAAAUGGGAGAGUAUGGAACAUUUGAAAAAUAUCUACAAACAGGGAACUUUUCCUUUACCCGAGGAACCUUAUGGAUGGAAAGAUGAUCUGUAUUUUGGUCGUCAAAGACUUGCAAAUGCUAAUACCAUUCUCAUAAAACUGUGUACUGCCAUUCCAGAAAAGUUAGCUGUGACCGAGUCUAUUCUAGAGCCUAUGUUGGAGGGUAACAAGCUACAAGAUUUGUUAAAAGACAAGAGGAUAUAUAUUUGUGAUUUAGAGAUAUUAGAUGGAAUCAAAUGUCUCGACGGUAUAACGCUCUGUGCGCCUGUUGCUUUGUUUAUGGUUGACAAUAACAAAGAAUUACGCCCUAUUGCUAUCCAGUUGUAUCAGAAGCCAGGAGCAGAUAAUCCGGUAUUUUUACCAACAGAUCAUCCUUAUACGUGGAUUGUAGCUAAAAUGUGGUAUAAUAAUGCUGAUGCCGCUUACCAUCAAUCACUAACACAUCUUGCGUUUACACAUCUUGCCAUGGAAGGUGUAUCAGUUGCAACUCACAGAAAUUUAUCUCAAUCUCACCCAGUCUUCAAAAUAUUAGCUCCACAUUUUCUGUAUUUGUUGGCGAUCAACACUCGAGCUCUUCAAAAACUUGUAUCCCCAGGAGGUUGGAUCGAUAAAUCGAUGACUACUGGUGCUAAUGGAAUGUUUGAACUUGUCAGAAGGGGAAUAAAAGACUGGAGAGUCGAUGUAGAUGGAACCCUACCUGAAGAUUUGAAAAAUAGAGGGGUUGAAGAUGUGUGUGCUUUACCUAAUUAUCACUAUAGAGACGACGCUUUACUUUUAUACUACGCCAUUAAAAACUACGUCACUAAAUAUGUUGACCUUUAUUACGAUACCACAGAGAAAAUAGACGGUGAUUGGGAAUUACAGAGUUGGGCGAAGGAGUUAAGCUUAGAUAAAGAAAAGGGUGGGGUUGGGCUUCAGGGUGUACCUAAUGGCGGUGUAUUGAAGUGUAAAGAAGAUAUUAUACUAGUUAUAAACUGUGUAAUAUUUAACUGUAGUGUUACACAUGCUGCUGCUAACUUUCUACAAUACGAACAAUACGCAUUCCCUGCCAAUUACCCGAGUUUGAUGAGAGGCAGCCCACCUAAAACAAAGGAUCCCAUUGAGGAGAAGAAAGUAAUAGAAUAUUUACCGGAUAAACGCACAACUCUAGAUGUUAUGGUCGUUACUAAAAUAUUAAGUGGUCGAGGUACCAAUUGUCUUGGUGAUUUUGAAGUUCAGUAUGUUUUUGAUCCUAAAGCCGUGGACAUAGUGAAUCAGUUUCGAGCGGAUUUAAAAGUUAUCAGUCAAACCAUCAAAGACAGAAAUAAAACGAGGAAGCAUAAAUAUGAUAUUUUAGACCCAGAACUCAUUCCAAACGCUAUCAGCAUUUAAAACAACCAUUCUUUAUAAUAGUCUAAUAUCAGUUUCUCUGCUAAUUCCUAUCAACUAGUCAUAGGAGAUACUCGAUUGAACGUCCCGUAAUUGAAUUUUCACAAUCCCGACUCUAGAGAGAAUCGACUGCAUAUUUCGUCAAGGUCACGAGGUGUAAACAGAGUUAGAACACUUGAUUGUUGCCGAGGAUUGUGGGUUAGAGCUAGGGUUAGGGCUAGCGCUAGCCCUGUCUACAACUCUCGACCUUGAUGAAAUCUGCAGGUGGCCUUUAUAUUUAGACCAGACCGUGAAAGGGGGAAUGUUCGGCUACACGCAUGCUUGAAUGCAUAAGAACAUAUCUCCAGCCAGGACAGCUGAAACAUAUUCGUUGUGUUUAAUUACGUCAUGAUUCUUCUCACACCACCUCCGUGUGACUGGGCUGAAUUCUGGGCUGACGUUCCGGACUGACAAUCGAGCAUUCCCAUGAUUCAGUUGCCUACGCUACGUUUGUUGGAUAAGAAUGUGUUCUUGCUACAAAUGAAGUUCUCAGCAUCCUUUUAUGUAUUUUUGUCAGCUAAUUUUAUGUAUUUUUGUCAGCUAAUUUUAUGUAGUUUAAACCCAAUUUUACUGUUUUAACUGGUAAAAGGACACAACUUGGCUUCUAAUAUCUAUUUUAUUUUUAAAUCCUUUUCAUUUCAAUUUCGUGUCACUUCCCAGGAAUUGGAAUCCCAUAAAAUCGACUGUAUUUAAAGAAUACUAAUUUAAAAUUUUAACAAAGAAUAGAAUUCUCAAGUGACAGAUUUACCGCUUGAAUAUAUUUCUAUGUUAAAUUAUAUUUUUAUAUUUUGUUAUCUUUUAUUGUGUUAAAUUUUGGAUUAUUCUACUAACCCUAACGCAACUCUAG